CUGAGCUUCUUAUAUGAUACCAUCGAUGUCGAGAAACACAAGUACAAGAGAGAGAGCCCAGGAAGACAACGCUUCAGCAUGAGUGGGGUUGCAGCUUCCCCACCCUUCAGCUUCUCUUCUCUUCAAUCAAAGAACCACUCUACCAGGUUUAGUCAUGGACUUUGCGCAGUUAAUCCGAGUAUCUCGUCUUUACCAGAUACUAAGCUCAAGAAACAAUUGGGUCUUCGAUUUGGAGCUCCGACGAGAACGCCCCAUGGAAUCAGCGUCCGGUGCAAUAGCAGCACAAGACCCGGCGGCCCUGGCUCCGGUGAUAAUGAGAGCAGGAGUGUUCUGGAUGCAUUUUUCUUGGGAAAGGCUCUAGCAGAAGCGCUUAAUGAGCGUAUUGAGUCUACAGUUGGGGAGUUUUUGAGUGCAAUUGGUAGGCUGCAAGCUGAGCAACAGAGGCAAAUACAGGACUUCCAGGUAGAUGUGUUGGAAAGGGCCAAACGAGCCAAGGAAAAUGCAGCACGUGAAGCCAUGGGGGCUCAAGGACUCGUUUCGAAUGCUACUACAGUUGAUCCAAAAUCAGCUGCAUAUGACAUUAACUCAGAAACUUCAAAAUCUUCAUCAUCAACCAUCAAUGCUGUUGCGCCUGCAAAUCCACCCUCAAUUCCAAAUUCAACUGUUGUCCCAACUGCUGAGACGGGUCUAGAUCCUGCUGCAGAGGGCCCUGUAUUUGGGGUGUCAGAUGAUGACUGAACUUGUAUCUUCAUAUUCUACAUAUCCUAUCCUUUUUUCUCAUUACCCUUACUAAUAUUAUGGCAUCUGAAAGUUGGAGGCUGUUAAACUUCAAUUGAUGCCAAAAUGCCUUAAUCGAGGGAAAAAUGUCAGCUCGCUUGCUUGUUGGAUGUGAAAUCUUUUCGGUUGGUUUACAAAAUAGUAUGCAAUUGGAGGAAAUAGAGGAGUACCUUGCGGAAUUGGUAAUUUUAGCUUCUUGUUAAUUUUUCAAUGUAAAAUAAUUGUUCUUGGAAUAAAUAUUUUACAAACUCAA